AUGCCUAUUUUCCCGAAGAGCAGCACAAUUGUGGACCAAAUCAAGCUUAGAAGGUCCAGUAGAAACAACUUCCAUUCCCAUCAUCUUCAUCGCCAUCAGCUAGACCCAGCAGCAGCAGCCAAAACAGAUCCCAACCCACAACUCUCUCGCCCUCCCAAAUCCACCACCAUCUCUUCCCUCUUCAUCUCCCCAUUCGUCCCCAACUCAAGCGAACCCAUCACAAUCACCAUCGCCAACAACAGUACUGUCGGCGGCAAGAAGACGGGAACCAUUGCCUUCAAAGGCUUUGGAUGUGCUGCUAGGGCUGCCAGUCAGGUGUCGGUCCCGGCGGUGAUAAGGUCAUCGGCGGAGUGGGAUGGAAAGAAAGUAAAGAAGAAGAUGAAGAAAAAAGUUGUGGUUGCGUCUCCUAAUCCUCCCCCGCCACCCCCGCAGCAGAGGAGGAAGAUGAGCGAGCAACAUGGGAUUGUCGAUUUUACUUUUCAUAUUCAGGGGGGUCGGGUUUGA